ACCUAGAUCUUUUCUUCAUCACCAAUUCUUAAUCCCCUUUUUUCUCUUUCAAAUCACUCAUUCUAAUCAUCAGUGUUUCUUCUCUUUAUCCUUUGUUAACCAAUAAAAUUUCAAAAAAACACAAAAGCAAAGCCAAGAAGGGAAGUAGUGAAAGAGGAAAGAAUACCUCUACACCCCUUCAAGAAAGAAAUAGGGCAUUGCCCGGAUCCAAGAAAAAGACAAAGAAUCCCGUGUUGGUAAGUUUCCAGCUCGUUCGCGUAGUGGACUACCCUUUAAAAGUAGGCUUCCACGUCAUCUGAACGGUCCAGCCUGGCAAACAUCCGUUCCCGCCAUAGUCCAGCUGUAUUAUCCACGUGGACGAUGGACGCUGACAUCCCUACUCCCCUCUCCCCCUAUAAAAUCGUACCGUGCACUCAAUUCUUCAAACAGUCUCUCAUCAAUUCCACUUUUACGCUUCCAUCUCCGUCCUCCAUAAUGUCUCUAAAUUACGGUAUUGCCAUUCUCGCCGUCUUCCUCCUUUCCCUCGCCGGAAUGCGUACGUCAUCGGCGGUUCUGGUUGAGGAGCAGCCGCUCGUCCUCAAGUACCACAACGGGACCCUCCUAAAGGGCACUAUCACCGUUAAUUUAAUCUGGUACGGGGAAUUCUCUCCGGCGCAGCGGUCAAUUGUCGCCGAUUUCCUCCUGUCCCUUAAUUCGAGGAAAUCCAAUUCCCCUUCCGCCGCGUCCUGGUGGAAGACCACCGAGAAUUACAGCGGCGUUGGCGGAUCCUCCACGGUUGUCGUCGGGAAACAGAUCCUCGACGAGAAGUGCUCGCUCGGGAAGUCCCUGAAGAAUUACCAGCUUUCCUACCUCGCCUCCAGGGGCGGGAAUUCGGCCGGAGCUGUUAAUCUGGUUCUGACGGCGAAGGACGUUGCCGUCGACGGUUUCUGUUCGAGCCGGUGCGGGACUCACGGGUCGACUCGGGGGAAAUCUCGGGUCCCUUACGCGUGGGUGGGCAACUCGGAGACUCAGUGCCCGGGUCAAUGCGCCUGGCCGUUCCACCAGCCGAUUUACGGCCCGCAAACGCCAGCGCUUAUCCCGCCCAACGGAGACGUCGGAGUGGACGGGAUGAUCAUCACCGUCGCCACCGUUUUGGCCGGGGCCGUUACGAAUCCGUUCAACAACGGGUAUUUCCAGGGGCCGGCCACGGCGCCGCUGGAGGCGGUCUCCGCCUGCACGGGUAUAUUCGGGGCGGGCUCGUACCCGGGUUACCCGGGGGAGGUGCUCGUCGAUAAAGUCACCGGCGCGAGCUUCAACGCGUACGGAGUGAACGGGCGGAAGUUCCUGGUUCCGGCGAUGUGGGACCCCCUAAUAUCUGCCUGCAAGCCGCUCGUGUGACGUCGUUUUGACGGGAGUGUGGAAUCUCCUGUGGGCGGGCGUACGUUUGUUUCCACGUUGGUUGGAUGUGAACCGGGGGGGUUUUAGCAGGGCUUUUG